CAGGCUCGCGCUACGGCAGUGGUGCUGGGAGUCUCGUGUUCGCAGUGCCGUUACUCGCAGUCGGGCGGCGGCUGAGGCUCAGCGCACAGCGCAGGUAGCGCCUUAGCAGCAGCAACAGCGGAGGCACCUCGGCGGUCACAGCCCCUGCGCUGGUGUAGCCACCCUCGCCUGCUCCGCUCUUCCUUCCUUCGCUCGCACCAUGGCUGAUCAGCUGACUGAAGAACAGAUUGCUGAAUUCAAGGAAGCUUUCUCCCUGUUUGACAAAGAUGGUGAUGGCACCAUCACAACAAAGGAACUUGGGACUGUCAUGAGGUCACUGGGUCAGAACCCAACAGAAGCUGAAUUGCAGGACAUGAUCAACGAAGUGGAUGCUGAUGGGAAUGGCACCAUUGACUUCCCAGAGUUCUUGACCAUGAUGGCUAGAAAAAUGAAAGAUACAGAUAGCGAAGAAGAAAUCCGUGAGGCAUUCCGAGUCUUUGACAAGGAUGGAAAUGGUUACAUCAGCGCAGCAGAAUUGCGCCAUGUCAUGACAAACUUAGGAGAGAAGCUAACGGAUGAAGAAGUAGAUGAGAUGAUCAGAGAAGCAGAUAUCGAUGGAGAUGGACAAGUCAACUAUGAAGAAUUCGUACAGAUGAUGACUGCAAAAUGAAGACCCACUUUCAACUACUUUUCCCUCUAGAAGAAUCAAAUUGAAAUCUUUUACUUACCUCUUACAAAAAAAAAAAGAAAAAAGAAAAAAGUUCAUUUAUUCAUUCUGUUUCUAUCUAGCAAAACUGAAUGUCAAACGUACCUUCUGUCCACACACAAAAUCUGCAUGUAUUGGUUGGUGGUCCUGUCCCCUAAAGAUCAAGCCCCCACAUCAGUUUUACAGUAUAAUACUCGUACUACCUUAUAAGGAAGCACUUAGUGGACUCCUUAAAGUUCCAUUUGCUAAUGAUUAAUACACUGUUUGGGCUGGCCAGUUUCUCAUGCAUGCAGCUUGACGAUUGAGCACAGUCAGGCCUUUGUAUUAAAACCGAAAAAUGGAAAAAACAAAUUCAAAAUCUCAGAUGGGUUCUACAAUUUGUUCAGAUCAAUUGUCAGUAGCCAGUUUGCUGCAAACAAACAUUUAAAAUUGGUUUACCUCAGGAUGAUGUACAGAAAAUGGGUGAAGCUGAACUUUGAGACACAGCCCCAGAAGUAGGAUGGCCCUCUUGUCCUUCAAGUGCUCCAACCCCAUGGUGACAAUGACAGCUGGUGGCGUGCCUGAGUGAUGGUUUAGUGCUGUGUGUGUUGUGUUAGAGUGAAGUAAACAUCAAGGCUGUCACCAAAUCACACAAAUUUUUAAUAAGAAAUGUUUACCAAGGGAGCAUCUUUGGACUCUCUGUUUUAAGACCUUGUGAACCAUGACCCGGAGCCAGCAGAGUAGGCUGUGGCUGUGGACUUGAGCACAACCAUCAACAUUGCUGUUCAGGAAAUUAGAAUUUACGUCCAUUCCAAGUUGUAAAUGCUAGUCUUUUUUUUUUUUUUUUUCCAAUAAAAAGACCAUUAACUUAAAAGUGGUGUUAAAUGCUUUGUAAGCUGAGAUCUGAAGGGGGACGAGGACAAGGCCAUUGGAGGGGAAGCCAGCGUACAUAGAAACAUGCCCACCAUCCAGGAUAACCUGGGUUUCCCUCCCACGUUCCUAGCAUCAACUCCUGAAACCUGGCCGACACUGAUUGCUUUGUCAUCAUUGGCCAUGUAAGUCUCCUUAUGUUUUCUGUGUGUCUCUGUGUGCGCACGUGCUCGACUAUCUUGGUCACUUGAUGUUCGGGCAGAGGAGCUUAGUGAGGGAACAGCCUCUCCCAGGCGUGCGUGUGUGUGUGUGGAUCUCAGCUGUGCUGCUGCUGACCACAAGAGGCCACCUGCAGGAGACUUGAUGAGUGUGUCUGUAACUCAGUCUUCGGUGUGUGUGGAAGCGGUCAUCUACUCAGACUGCCAGUCACCUUUGGUUCAGUUUUUAACUUAUGAUACCCUUUAGCUUCUAUACGGUUUUUAAUUGAUUUUUUUUUCUCCCUGUAAGUAGAACUAAUACUUAAGCCUCUGGCUUGAAAGAAAACCACAAACAAAAAAAAAAAAAAGAACAAAACCAAAAGUUGUGGCCCAGAAUGAAUUUCAUGUCUUAAUUAUAAACCUAUAACCCAAAGUCAGAUGUGCUGGUCCUGGUCUGUUUAGGACCCCCCACCCCCACCCCAGAAGUGUGUUACAUUUAGUACAGAGCUCAUUUUUGAAACAAGGGCCUCGUACAUUUUUCAUGGUGUUAACUGGUUGUAUCUGAUUAGCAGGGAGCUUUGGCUUUGAGUGUGGGGGUGGCCGGGAACAGGGGCAGGCUUCUAGCAAGGCACCGAGAAGCCCUUGGCAGCCAAAUGGGUGCAUUCAAGGCUGCUGUGUAGACCCUUGCUUCUCUGACUCUCCUACUCCCUGCCUUUCUGGCGUUUCGUAGCUCCUUUGUAUUUGCUUUCUUCUGCCAGAGGGGUGGGUCAGAGCUGUGGAGAGAAAGACGCUGUGUGCCCUUGCUGGCCCUUGGGCUGGGGGGUUGGCAGACAGGUUGGUGAACUGAAUCAUUAGGUAUUCUUGAGAAUGCCUUGGGGGUUCCCUUCUGGGGAGAGCACUGAGGGUUCCAGGUGUGAGCAAUGGCGGUGGCUUUGUCUUGGAAGGUGGAUGGCAUUGCCCAGUGUGGACCCAGUCUCAGACUUGCGGUCUGACCUCUUGGUAGUUUCAAAGGGGGUUGGAGGUGACUUACUUUUUUAAAACUUACCUCCUAUCUUUUACCUUUUACCAAGUCUUUGUAGAAGCUGGGUAGACUCUGCUUUAGCAGCCCCAUAGCCUGUCCCUUAAGGCUACCUUUAAAACAGGAUUCUUGUGUGGCCAGGAACCCUGCAUGGGAACUGCAGAACCCUAACCCCCAGGGAACAGGAAGCUGAAGUUUGGAGUUGUGGGAGGCAGAGCAUCCCCACCUCGUGGGCCUCCCCCACCACACACCCUGGGACACAACCAGCCCAGGGCUUGGUGUUAGCUUCUGAGUUUGUGAGGGGAAAGAGCUGGGUGUCCUGGAGUCCGGAUAGCACUUUCCUGUAAACUCUUUCACUUACUAAGUACUCUAUAAAUAUAUACAUAUAUUUAUAUAUAUAUAUAUAUAUGUAUAAAGUGACUAGUUAGCUGGCAUCCUGCUUUAGCCUGAGACUUGCCCACCUCUUCAUAGCUGUGUUCUCCGACUGUUCGGGGAAGCUGUUGAGCAAGGCAAACAACUUGAUGGCUCAGAUGGGCUAAUGCACUGUUCCAGGGAAGGCUUUUUCUGAUUUUUUGACAAAUUUUUGCACACUUUAAUUGGUGUCUUUGAGCAACUUACAUUGAAGACAAGCUGUUGUACAUAGUUUUAUAUUCUCUUUCUAAGUGCAUGUCCGACUCGUAACCAUAUGGUAAUGAAUGGCUGUCCAGUAGGCCUAGCAUUACUAUCACACUAGAGGGAUAGCACAUACCACCCACCCCUCCGCAUCCUGGAAACUUAUUGAACAGAAUCAGUUCAGGCAAGUUGACUAUUAGUUCAAUUAUCUUAACCACUAGAAUUAUUUAUGGUGUGUCCUAAAUACUUUCCUUUGGCAGUGACCAGAUUUAUACUGUUGUGUCUUAACUGAACCCCUCAACUGGCAGUCACCUACUUUUUCUUUUUAACUAUCCCUUGACAUUGUCCAAUAGAAGACAGUUCUUUGCUGUCUAUCCCUUUGAGUAAGAAGGUAGGGAUGUGUGUUCUUCCCCUAGACCUACUACAAUGUUCAUUAAACACCUAGAGCAAGGAUGGUGGUGGUCCUUCUGUUACUGAAGUCACCCUUCACUGUGGCUGUUUGAAAAAGAGAUGUACUUGAACGUUCUGUAAAUCUUGAGAUAAACUGUUGUGGAGAUUUAACCACCUCGCUGAUGGGGGACCAACUCUAUGGAAAUUGUAAAUAAGUUUUAUUUAUAAACCUGGCACUGUAUUCAAUAAACAUUGCUGUAGCCUUUCACCUCU